AUGGUUUACUGGGCAUGCGGUUUCACGAAUACGGACAAUCUAAAGAGGCUGCAAGACAGCUUGCAGGGGCUCGCCAAAGAAGCAGUGCAGAGUCGGCUUCUGAUGCCGGAAUCGGUUCCGGACGUCAUUGAAGAUUUACGGAAACUCUUUGGAAAUCCAGAAAAGCUGUUGAAAAGCUUGGUCGCAAAGGUCCAGAAAGCUCAGGCUCCACGAAUGGACAAACUAGAAACAUUCCUCUAUUUUGGAAUCGCAGUCAAACAGCUGAGUGACCACCUCGAAGCAGCUGGCAUGCAUGACCACCUUAGCAAUCCUAUGCUUGUCCAAGAGCUCGUUGGUAAAUUGCCACCCGAGUAUAAAUUGGAUUGGGUGCGAUUUAAGCGCGGCAAGACCGAAACACCUCUUAAGAGCUUUUCUAUCUUUAUUAGCGAAAUAGUGUCGGAAGUGUCAGAAGUCGCUGAUUUCACAGUCGACUCAGGAGAUUUGAUUCAAUCGGGACGAAAUAAGCAUAAGAAAAGGGAAUUCAUACACACUCAUGACUCGCAGCCGAACAGGUCCGGUGGGUCGCAAACAGAAAUAUAUGCAAAAUCGAAAAAACCUUGUGUUGUUUGCAAUCGUAAUGACCAUAAGGUGCGAUUCUGUGACGAUUUCGCUAAAUUGAAUAUUCGCGGACGUUUAGAAAUAGUCGAAAAGUUCAAACUUUGUCAGUUGUGCCUCAAUGAUCAUGGCAAAGUACAAUGCACAUUUAGAAGUCGCUGUAACGUUCCCAAUUGCACUAAAAAGCACCAUUCCUUAUUGCACAGAGCGGAAAAGAGUAUCCAACUGUCCGUCGUGGAAAACAAUACUCAUUUCCAGUCGCGUCGGUCGGUGAUAUUUAGAAUAGUGCCCGUUACUCUCUAUGUUGGAGGGACAGCGGUGGACACUUCAGCAUUCCUUGAUGAAGGCGCAUCCGUGACGUUGGUUGAGGAUAACGUUGCUGAGCAACUGAAUGCCAGGGGAAUUCCAGAACCGUUAGUAAUUACCUGGACUGCAAAUAUGAAGCGACACGAAGAGACAUCACGGAAAAUCAAUCUCCAAAUCUCCGCCAGAGGAUCCAGAACACGGCACAACUUAAAAGAAGCGCGUACUGUGAACGAACUAGUUUUACCGAAACAAGAGGUCUGCUUAAACGAAGUUUUAAAUCGGUAUAACCAUUUCAAAGGACUAUCCCUGCCCGAUUAUGGAGAGGAGACUCCGCGAAUCUUGAUCGGACUAGAUAAUCUGCAUCUUUUCGCACCCCUCGAAUCAAAGGUGGGAAAAUUCGGCGAACCUAUUGCGGUGCGAUCACUCUUAGGGUGGUCCAUAUACGGCCCCGACCAGCACCGGUCGUCAGCGAAAACGUACGUGCACCAUCAUUUGGUGCGGCCUGUUAGCAAUGAAGAGCUACACGAUCUUCUGAGAAAGCAGUACACUUUAGAAGAUACGUGUACGCAGACGGAGAUACUUCCUGAAACGGACGACAUUGUGCGAGCUCGAAGGAUCCUCGAGCAUACAACCCGACGACUUGGAGAUUGUUUUGAAACUGGUUUGAUCUGGAAGAGUGAGAAUGUAGCCUUGCCAGAUAGCUACCCAAUGGCGCUGAAGCGAAUGAUGGCACUAGAACGAAGGCUUUCAAAAGACCCACAACUGCAAGCGGCAGUUCACGAACAAAUCGAAUCUUACCAGCUUAAAGGAUACGCGCAUAAGGCGACACCAGCAGAGUUGGCGAAUUUAGAAGGAUUGAAGGUGUGGUAUCUGCCGCUGAACGUAGUCCGUAAUCCAAAGAAACCGAGCAAACUGCGUUUGGUGUGGGACGCGGCAGCGAGCGUAGGAGGCAUAUCGCUGAAUUCGACACUGUUAAAGGGGCCGGACCUUCUCACGUCACUUCCGGCGGUCAUUAGCAAAUUCCGAGAGCGUCCGGUGGCGAUUGGUGGUGACAUACGUGAAAUGUACCACCAAUUGCGUAUUAGAGAAGCCGAUAAGCAAGCGCAGCGGUUCAUCUUUCGUUUCGAUCCUUCAGAGCCUCCACAGGUCUACAUUAUGGACGUGGCCACCUUCGGUGCCACUUGUUCACCGUGCUCCGCGCAAUUUAUAAAAAACUGUAAUGCGCUAGAAUACGCUGCACAAUUUCCUGAUACGGCAGAUGCAAUCGUGGACCGAACAUAUGUAGACGAUUACUUCGAUAGUCUGGACACUGAGGAAGAGGCUCUACAGAGAGCUACGGAAGUACGGUUCGUCAAUUCCAAAGCGGGUUUCGAAGUAAGAAAUUGGUCGUCGAACUCGCUGUUCGUUCUUAAAGGUUUAGGCGAAGAAAAGGCCGCUGAGUCGGUGCACUUUCAUUUAGAUAAAACUACUGAAAACGAACGAGUGUUGGGCGUUAUUUGGAAUCCCCGCUACGACGUAUUGUCAUUUGCUGUACCUACGGGAGCCGUAGUGUCAUUAGAUCAUCCUGGAAUAGUGACCAAGAGAGCAGUUCUUAGUUCGGUUAUGACCCUCUUCGACCCGUUGGGCCUACUGGCUCCAUUUACGACGUUGGGAAAGAUGCUUGUACAGGAUCUUUGGCGCUCGGGAUGCGAGUGGGACAGCGAAAUAGACGACGAAUCAUUUAAGAAAUGGACAUCGUGGAUUAGUGCGUUGCCGGGAAUAGCCGAGUUGAAAAUCCCGCGGAGUUAUUUCGGCGCUACGCAGUCCAAGGAGUUUGGCCCUAUCCAGUUGCAUAUAUUUACUGAUGCUGGGGAAAAUGCAUAUGGAUGCGCCGGUUUCCUGCGAAUCGAAGUAGAUGGCGUAGUCAAAUGUUCGCUUGCGAUGGCUCGCUCGAAAGUGUCUCGCCUCAAGCAGCUUACUAUCCCCCGCCUGGAACUGCAGGCGGCAGUGAUGGGUGCGCGGAUGCCUCAUGUAAUUAAAAAUAAUCAUUCGAUGAAAAUACAGCAAACCUUUAUCUGGACCGAUUCCAGGACCGUCCUAUCUUGGGUCACGUCGGAUCAGAAACGUUAUAAACAAUUUGUCAGCUUUAAAAUCGGGGAAAUACUGACCCUGACAAAACUCUCAGAGUGGAAGUGGAUACCAUCCAAAAUGAAUAUUGCGGAUUGUCUCACGAAAUGGAGAAGUGAUUCUGGAUUGUCUCCCGAAUGGUUUAGUGGGCCUAGCUUCUUAUAUGACACCGAAGAUAGGUGGCCACAUCAACCCCUUCCUCCUGCAAACACCCAAACUGAGCUGCGUGCAGUAUAUCUAUUCCACGAUGUUAUACUUGCCGAAAGACUCAUUGAUGAGACCAGAUUUUCCAAGUGGAAGAUUCUCGUGAGAGUAAUGGCAUGCGUAAUUCGCUUCGUUUCCAAUUGCCGUCGGAAGUUACGUGGCGAUUCUAUUGAGGCACUAAAACCGACGCCGAAUCAACAGAGGCAAAUUAUUACGAAUAUACCGUCGGUCAAAGUACCGCUAAAGCAGAGUGAGUAUCGACAGGCUGAAAUCGUUCUAUUCAGAUCUACGCAAAACCAUGCCUACAGUGACGAGAUCAAAAUCCUAAAGAAAAACCAGCAGAUCGAACCAUCGCAAAUGAUACCCCUGGAGAAGAAUAGUCCGCUGUAUAAGCUGACACCUCUUUUAGACGACGAACAAGUGCUGCGAAUUGAAGGUAGAUGUGACAAGGCUGAUCACCUGCCAUUCGAUAUGCGAUUCCCGAUCAUCCUUCCUAGAAAUGAUACCGUGACAGAACUAUUAGUGCGACACUACCACGAAUCGUUUGGUCAUGCAUUUAGAAAUACCGUCAAGAACGAGAUCAAGCAACGAUUUUAUAUUUUCAACUUAAAUUCAGUUGUGGCGAAGAUCGAACAGAGUUGUAACUGGUGCAAAGUGCACAAGAGUCAACCAAAAGUCCCACGGAUGGCUUCGCUUCCCGUACAACGUCUAACUCCGUACCGGCGACCAUUCACGUUCGUCGGUAUUGACUACCUUGGCCCGGUAGAAGUAUCAGAAGGACGUCGUUCAGAAAAGAGAUGGAUUGUGCUAUUCACAUGUCUCGUGGUACGAGCAGUCCAUCUUGAAGUGGCGUACAACCUCACCGCACAAUCCUGUGUCAUGGCGAUACAACGGUUUAUUUCGCGAUGGGGCCCGGCUACUGAGUAUUUUUCCGACAAUGGCACCAAUCUAAAGGCGGCGAGUAAGGAGUUUGUUCAGCAGGUACGAGAGAUCGAUUUCGAAUGUGCCGAUGAAUUCACCAAUGCCCGUACGAAAUGGCAUUUCAAUCCGCCCGCCACCCCCCAUAUGGGGGGCGUGUGGGAACGAAUGGUUAGGACCGUGAAAAGUACACUGUCAGCGUUGGAUGAUGGCAGAAAAUUAACGGAUGAAAUCCUCCUAACCUCGUUAGCUAAAAUCGGUGACAUGAUCAACAGUCGUCCACUGGUGUACGCUCCGCAGUGCGCUCUUGAAGAAGCGCUUUCUCCUAAUCAUUUCCUGCGGGGAAUAGCAGCAAACGAACCUCAGGAAGUACAGCCCCCCACGAAUCCUGGAUUGGCCCUUCGCGAUGCUUAUCAGCGAUCCGUGCAGCUCACAAACCAAGCGUGGGAGCGCUGGAUAAAAGAAUAUGUUCCGAGUAUAAACCGUCGUAAUAAGUGGUUCGAUGAAUCGACGCUGCUUAAAAAAGGAGAUUUAGUUUACGUGGUCGAUGGCAAUAAGCGCAAAACGUGGAUUAGAGGAAUCAUCGAAGAACCGAUUGUGUCGAGUGACGGCAGGAUUCGCCAAGCGUUCGUUAGGACCAAUCACGGAGUGGUCAAACGGGCAACCGCCAAUCUAGCUAUACUAGAGAUCACUGAAGGUAACGCUGCUCCGGAAGACGGUUCCUGA